AUGGAAUCUAAUCGCCAGCUCAUAUUUGAGGACACUACUACCAAACUUGCGCGACCCAAACAGACUAUCCAAGACUUGGAGGAGCUACACCUCUAUCAACAAACAAAGCGGAAGGAAUUUGAACAACAAUUGAAUAAGAAUAGACUAAAUAAUGGACAAUGGCUACGGUAUGCGAGAUGGGAACUUGACCAUAAUCACGACUUUGCAAGAGCAAGAUCGAUUAUGGAAAGAGCACUCGACGUGAAUAUUGAACAUGUGCCAUUUUGGACUCAGUAUAUCCAAUUUGAGUUGAUACAUAAAAACGUUAACCAUGCACGUAACUUGUUGGAGAGAGCCACUUCCGUCUUGCCCAAAGUUAACAAGCUAUGGUUCUUGUAUGUGCAAACGGAGGAGAUGUUGAAAAACUACUCAAUGGUGAGACAGAUUUUUGAGCGGUGGCUAACUUGGCACCCCGACCAAAGUGCCUGGGAUGCAUAUAUUCACUUUGAAUCUAGGUAUGAUGAAGUUGGAAAUGUGAGAAAUCUUUUCCAGCGAUAUUUACUUGAGUAUCCAAGUGGCACGGUAUGGCUCAAAUGGGUGAAUUAUGAAUUACAUCACAAUAGAAAAGAUGUCGAACAUAUACGAGCGGUAUUUGAGUCCGCUGUGGAUUCAUUGGUGGAAAAAAUCGAUGAAACUCUUCCUGAAAUAGUGGCAGAGUGGUUGAUUUGGGAGGUGGAGUGCAUAGAAUACGAUCGAGUGAUGGGGAUAAGAAAGUUGUUGACAGACGAAUCGAAGUUUGGAUUUGCCACAAGCUUGCGAUAUGCAUUAUACAAUGCAAUUAGCGAAACUGAGAAACUAGUUGGGAACAAAAUCCCGAUAGAAGAGAGUAUACUCUUGACAAGGAAGCUCAAGUAUAAGCAGGAUGUGGAAGACGAUGGGACAAACUUCGACUCAUGGUGGUCUUAUAUUGACAUUAUUGAGCAUAGUCGUGAUAUGACUCAGAUACGGAAAGCUUUUGAAAGUGCAUGUCUCAACACACCGCAAGAUGCAUACAAAAGUGACAAGUGGAAACAGUUUAUCAUGCUUUGGAUACGGUUUGCAUUUUGGGAAGAAUUUGACAAUGGAGAUAUAGAUGCAGCUCGAAAAGUGUGGAAUGAGUGUUUGGCAGUUAUUCCACACAAGAACUUCACUGCUGGCAAAGUGUGGAUAGGGCUAGCUGAGUUUGAACUAAGAAACAAUCCUGAAGAUGGAUUGACAAUUUUUCGCAAAGUGAUGGGGAGAGCAUUGGGGCAAAUGAACUACAUUGGACCUAAAAGGAACAUUUUGAAGCAUUAUAUAGCCACAGAAAGGAAACUUGGUGAAUGGGACCGAGUGCGUCAGUUAUUUCAGAAAUGGCUUGAAUUUGCUUUGGUGUUCGGACAGCCCUGUAAUGAGAUUGUGAAGGAGUAUUUGGAAUUCGAGAAGUUUCUUGGUGAAACAGCCAGAUGUGAGUCAUUGCUUCAAAUUGUAACUGGAAUGGCAAAGAACGAAGUAAUCGCGCAAUCUUUUGACCAAAAUGAAAUGUUUAGCUUGGCCGUGUCAUUCUAUGCUGAAGAAAUGAACUAUGGUGAGAUACGGAAAUUGUAUAGAGAUUUGGUGUCUGGAAAACCUACUACAGACAACUGGAUAUCAUUUGCAUUAUUUGAAUCCACGAUACCAACAGCUGAGCAAUUGGAGCGCUUUUUACUGUCUAAUGAUACUAUGUUGGAAGUUGAGGUGGGUGAUGAACAGACUGAAAAUACCAGGGCUGUAUUUGACGAAGCGGUAACUUAUUUUAAAAAGGUGAAUGACAUCGAGGGAAGAAAGACUGUGUUAGAAGCUUGGAAUCAGUACGAGUUGGUCAAUGGAAAUGAGCAAAGUGUAGCUGCCGUGCUGCAGAAAUUACCAAAACGGGUGAAAAAGAGGCGCACAGUGGACGGAAUUGAAGAAGAGUAUUACGAGUGGGAAUUUCCGAAUGAUACUGAUCCAGAACCUCUGUCCCAGCCAAAACCCUCUGUUAACAAGUUUUUAGAGAAUGCUAGAAAAUGGGCCCAAAGCAAGCAAUAA